AUGCGAGCGUUUUUAUUUAUCGGUUUCCUGUGCGUCGUCAAAGUCGAAUCUCAGUUUUGGAGCAACCCUAAUUUUUUUCAAAGCUGGUUCAGGCAGGCGAAAAACGAUUUAAAGCGCGAAACCACCACAAAAAUUCCAACCACAAUAAGACUGCAGGAAACUACCUUAAAAUCGGAAACUGUCACGAAAUUUCCAUCUACUGUUCCUGUCUCGGUGGAAACUACCCCUAGAAAAUUACUAACUGUUACGUCGAUUGUUACUUCUACUGAUGGAAGUACUAUCUAUGAUACUACUAGUGAUAUCACAGGUACCACCGAAGAACCUAGAGAUAACAGCAGAACACAUGAUUUUUAUUUAAGCAAAAGGGAGAGACCACAAAUUAAAGUAUCAACGAAUAUUAGCCAAAAUUUGCUGCCUUUGCCUGCUGGAGCCAGUGCGGCCCUGGUCAAACCGACGAAAUACCAUUAUUAUCCUCAUAACCAGCAUAUUUACUUAUUACCAGAAUGCGCUAUACAACAGGUGUGCAACGCAGUCUACAUCAGGCUUAAUUGGACUCAACCUUUAUGCGCCUGUCCUUCUAGGUACAGGGAUCCUUGCUCUGCCUCACUGAAUUCUGAUGAUCAGCACACAACAGAAUUGAUGACUGACAAAAAUAGGAGAGUUCUGACUUUGGUGAAAACUUGCGAACCGACAGCAGAAAUGAGACUGUGUAGAUCGCCAAGAGAUUGGUCAUUGCUAGCACUGCAAAAUAUUCGAAGUGGAAAAUCGCAUUAUUUAGUUAUAUGCAGAUGUCCUGAUACGAGUAUUCUAGAGGGGCCGAUGUCGCACGAUCAACCAACAUACGCAAGUGUUCCAGGAAUUAGAGUGUACGGAAUGAUGUGCGUUGAUGGGAGAAGAGACAGACAAUCUAGGAUAUUCAGAGAAUUAGACACGCCUCAAUUUCCGUGGGAGAAAGCAAUUGAACUAGGAAAAACAGCUAUAUGGGACUAGUUUAUUAAUAUGAAAAAUUAUCUAUUCCUCGAGUAUCGCGAUCGUAUUAAUCGUAUUUAUUAUUUAUAUUUAAGCUACAGCUUACUAUAUUAUAAAAUAUGGUACUUACUAGAUCGGACAAACGAGCGGCUAAAUCGCUAUUAGCUCUUCCAUCUAAGUGCAUGCAUGAAUAAUUAACAUAUUACGAUGAUAUUAGGUUCAAUUUUACACAAUUCUUGAAAAAUCUGGACUGUUAUGAUCUCAAAUUUAAUGUAAAUUGAAAAUUUAAAAAUAUAGUUUUUGCAAAGAAUUCACGCAAUUGUCAUAAUCUCAAGUCUUUUCUAACUUAUCUCUCAACUUCUCUUUUCCUUUACUACAAUACAGAAUUUUUAAUUUGCUAA